GGAAAGCCAUCACGACGUCGAGGCCCAAGGUCCACUCUCUGAACGGUAGAGGUCGCAUGGAGUCGGCGAGAUGGGCUUUAGCUGCCCCUGAAGUAAAGGCGUCCGACCCACUGGAGGUUCACGGAUUUGCCAGGCAGGGGAUCUUACAUCCACAUCACAACAGGAGCGUGAUUGAAGGGGUCGCUUACAGGAAGAUGGGGGACUCGGGAACCUGCAUCACUGAGAAGUCUUCCUCAGCACAGGAAACUCAGAACCAGUCAGGAGUCAUGGAAGCCAAACCCAAGCUCUACUACUUCUGUGGCAGGGGCAGGAUGGAGUCCACCCGAUGGCUGCUGGCUGCGGCUGGAGUGGAGUUUGAAGAAGAAUUUAUCGAGACAAGAGAACAAUAUGAAAAGUUGCAAAAGGAUGGAUGCCUGCUUUUUGACCAAGUACCUUUGGUUGAAAUUGAUGGGAUGAUGCUGACACAGACGAAAGCCAUCCACAGCUACCUCGCUGCCAAGUACAACUUGUACGGGAAAGACCUGAAGGAGAGAGUCAGGAUUGACAUGUAUGCUGAUGGCACCCAGGACCUGAUGUUAAUGAUUGCCCAGGCUCCAUUUAAACCCCCUCAGGAAAAAGAGGAGAGCUAUGCUUUUAUAGUGAAGAGAGCUAAAACCCGUUACUUCCCUGCCUUUGAGAAGAUUUUAAAGAACCACGGGGAGGCUUUUCUUGUUGGCAACCAGCUCAGCUGGGCAGACAUCCAGCUGCUAGAAGCCAUUUUGAUGGUGGAAGAACUCAACGAUUCUGUGCUGUCCGACUUCCCUCUGCUGCAGGCAUUCAAGACAAGAAUCAGCAACAUCCCCACCAUCAAGAAGUUCCUGCAGCCUGGAAGUCAGAGGAAGCCGCCUCCAGAUGCCCGCUAUGUGGAGGUGGUCAGGACCGUCCUGAAGUUCUAGGUUUUAAGGUGGCCGAAGCAAGGAUCCAGUCACAGCUUCACACAGGUCAGCUGCAGAACAUUCCAGAAGCAAGGUGUAGAUCCCAGGAGUAAGGGUCUCCAAAAGCCAAACCCACUCUGCCAUCGAUGCCGAUUAAAUACAGUGAAAAAUUA